CACCUUUCAAAAUGGCGCUGUCCUGUGUGCAGAUAGCUCUCAUGAUUGGGAUGUUGGUUACUGGAAGCAUAAACACGAUCAGUAAAAAAGCACAGAAUGAUUGUGUUGCCCCAGGCUACCCAGACAGAAGUGCCAACAGUACAACAAAACCACAUGACUUUGACCACCCCUGGUUUCAAACCUUCAUCAUGUUUAUAGGUGAAAUGGCUUGUCUGUUUGGUUUGUGUUUCAACAGAAGAAGAGAAAGAAUGGCAUAUGCAAAAGAGGUGGCAACCCAGACACUUCCACAAGCUCCCAUUCGUCCUCUAGAACAGAAAAGAGUUUUUGAAUUUAUUCUGAUCGUGCCGACCUUGUGUGACCUUUUUGGAACUUCACUAGCAGGGAUCGGCCUUCUGUAUGUCGAUGCGUCAGUCUGGCAGAUGCUCCGAGGAUCCAUCAUCAUAUUUGCAGGGAUUCUGUCGAAAAUAUUUUUGAAAAGAAAACUGACGUGUAUCCACUGGUCGGGGAUAAUUGUGACGAUGUUCGGUCUGGUGCUGGUGGGGUGUUCCAGCGUCUUCAAAAGUCAGGCCGGAACAUCUGGAUCCAACACAGUGCUUGGUAUCGUCCUGAUCAUCUCCAGUCAGAUUGUCAGUGCCAGCCAGAUGAUUAUUGAAGAACUGUUUUUGAAAAAAAGAAAUUUUCCUCCUUUGCAGGUUGUUGGUAUGGAGGGGACGUUUGGCCUGCUGUUGAUGAUGUUUAUUGUGCUCCCUGCCAUGUACUUCAUCCCGGGGAAGCAGGUCAACAACAGCUAUGAGAACAGCCUGGAUGCUCUCUAUCAGAUUGGAAACAGCCCUCGCCUCCUGAUAUUCUGCCUGCUGUACCUCAUUUCCAUUGCUUUCUAUAACUACUUCGGGCUGUCCGUCACCAAGUCUCUCACAGCUGUUCAUCGGACGUUGAUUGAUGCGUGUCGGACCAUGCUGGUUUGGGGAGUAGAUCUGUUCAUCUUCUAUGCGUUCGACAAGAACUUUGGAGAGCCAUUUGACAAGUCAUAUGGACUUCUGCAAGUUGAUGGGUUCCUGUUCCUGAUGAUUGGCACAGCUCUGUACAACAACCUGCUGGACUUCUCCUGGCUGCCGUGCUGUCGGAGGAGCCAGGAGAUGCAGCACAUCCGCCCCGAGCAGCGCAACAUCCAGGGGGCCGAGGAAUCCUACUCCUCCAUUGAUGAACGCAGUAGACUGCUGAACGACAACAAGCGUUCAUAUGACUAGGUAGCUGUAAAACGUACAAUCAGCGUUCACUGGAUAUUUGUAAAAUGUACACUCAUUGGUGAUAAUUCCUCAUAGGACUGUAGGACUGCAAUGGUCUCUAGCUCACAUUUGUUGUUGUAAGACUGACAUGAGGAUCUGUAGGUUACAAGGUGUUACCUGGAUCACUGAGAGUCUUCGUAUCCAAACAUUGUGAAUCAUUGCUCAUGAUUUCAGUCACUGGAUUGGCAGGUUCAGCCUGCCAUGAUAUUUCUAACUAUGGCGUAAAACAACAUUCGCUCACUCACACUGAUGAAACUUAACAUUGCUGAGUUUGGAAAAUCAGAGGGGUUCAGAUUACCUCUCUGGGGUAAAUAAUGACAGGUGACAAUGAUUCCGGCAGAUUGUAGUCACCGAGGACCUCGUUGAUCUACCCAUAUCAGACAACGGAUCUGUCUCCUCAUACUGACAAUUGAAAGACUGUGAUCAAAUCAUAUUCUUGCCAUGGGUAAUAACAGAACCCCAACAGCACGGCAUGUUCUCCAUCCAUUCAUCUUACUGUUCAUCCAAGGGUUUGAUAGGGAUACAAAUAUAUUUUAGUUAUGAAACUCAGACGAAAACAAGUCAUGGAAAUGUGUAACUCCUUUAAAACUAACUAUCCGAAAACAAAAAAAUGUUGGUUCCAUGGCAAUAUUUUAUGCUAUUUGUAUGUCCACAUCUCCCAGUCAUAGUAAGGAAAUUAAACGAGACUUACCUGUAAGGUGAAGUUUUAUUGUAAUUCUCCGAGGCAUCUGGGAGCAAGUGAGAUCAUGUAAGAUUGCGCAAAUGGAAUCGGCUUCAGCAGUGUAUAAAAUUCCCAAAAUUUCAGUUUGAAAAUCGGACUGGCAACAUUGCAAUGCAUCUUUUCAAAACUGACUGUCCCCCAGCAAAAUAGACCUGGUUCUGACUGUCCCCCAGCAAAAUAGACCUGGUCCUGACUGUCCCCCAGCAAAAUAGACCUGGUUCUGACUGUCCCCCAGCAAAAUUGACCUGGUUCUGACUGUCCCCCAGCAAAAUAGACUUGGUCCUAACUGUCCCCCAGCAAAAUAGACCUGGUUCUGACUGUCCCCCAGCAAAAUAGACCUGGUCCUGACUGUCCCCCAGCAAAAUAGACCUGGUCCUAACUGUCCCCAAGCAAAAUAGACCUGGUUCUGACUGUCCCCCAGCAAAAUAGACCUGGUCCUGACUGUCCCCCCAGCAAAAUAGACCUGGUCCUGACUGUCCCCCAGCAAAAUAGACCUGGUCCUGACUGUCCCCCAGCAAAAUAGACCUGGUCCUGACUGUCCACCCAGCAAAAUAGACCUGGUCCUGACUGUCCCCCAGCAAAAUAGACCUGGUUCUGACUGUCCCCCAGCAAAAUAGACCUGGUGCUGACUGUCCCCCAGCAAAAUAGACCUGGUUCUGACUGUCGGGCAGGCAUGUAUUUUAGGACUUGUUUUGGCCCCUUAAUGCAGAGUACAAGACAGGGUAACAACAAGUACCAUCUUUUAAUGUCUUUUUGUAUGACGCGGCCGGGUAUCGUACCCCGGACCUUCCGCUUUCCCACUAGACCAUGAAGGCGUCUUUACAUCUCAAGACUGACUGGAUCUAUAAUUUCCCAGAUUUCCGAUUUCAUUUUUAUUGGUUUCACCAGUUCACAAUUUUCUGGCCUUAAAUAUUGGUCAACAAAUUCUUUUUUCUUGCCAAACUUGCACUGAAGCCGAUUUAUCACGUUUCUUAUGUGACCAGAUGUUAAAGGAGAAUUUUGUAAAAAUUCCUGGUAAGAAAUAUGGAAAAGUUAUGUCUAUCAUCUCCCAUGACGUGGGCUUAUCCCAAACAUAUUCUAACCCCAUGUGUCCAUAUCACAGCAUCAACGAAGUUCUAUGUGUAGACUGACACAGUGGUAUUGACCCCCUCCUUGUAAGAUCUCCAAUCUAUGAUAGCAACCCUGGACCCAUUCUCCACCACAGCUUUAUUUCAGAAGUGACAUCACCAUCUCAAUCUCACUGGUCACCAACCUAACACAGAUAGGCUUCACUCAUGAGUUUGAAAUCCUCAACCAAUGAAGAAGCCUCUUCGUAAUGCAAGUUGGCAUAGAUGCACAUUAAAAAAUGUACCUGUUAAGAUCUGGGUUAGAAAAGGUCUGCAGCAACCCAAGCUAGCCGUAAACUUGUGAGAGGCAACUAAUGGGAUCGCGUGGUCAGACACACCGACUUGGUUAAUGCAUGUCAUCUUAUCCCAAUUGUGCAGAUCGAUGCUCAUAAUGUCAAUCACUGGAUUAUUCAUAUUGCUGAGUGCAGUUUUCAAAAUCAGACAAACAUUAAUAAAUGAGAAUAUCCUGGAUAUAUUUAUUCAGAUCGGGAGACUGGCAUAAAUUAUUUUUUUGCCUGAAAAGGUUGCUAUCGUGAGAAAAGAAUGAGAAGUACCAAAAUGUCCUGUAGUAUGAGAGAUGGUACCUAACAAGGCAAGUUAAAACUCUUACAAUCAGCAAUAGUGUAAUUUUUGGCUUGAAGGCAACGUUCAGCUUGGUGUUCAAAGAACUAUGUGAACCCCUCACAAUACAGCUAUGGUGGGGAAUUGUCCAGGGUAUUUACCAUAACAGAAUGGAGACGUAUUCAUAUUGCACUGGAUGAUGGAAGCUGCAUUGACCAAUACUCUCAAUACUCAGCGCAGAUCCGAUUUUGUGUCUUGCUGUCGGGGUGGUAUAUUCAUUGGAAUUCUAGUCAACAUAUCAGUAGACAUAUUUAAAUUCAUUGCUAUAUAUUCACGAGUCAUUUAUUUAUUAACCUGGCGGAUUUCAUUAUCAGAAAAAUGCAACUUUACUCUAUGUAAGUCUUUUACACAAUUUAAUAUGAACUGUUUGUAUAUAUACAUGAGCAAUAGUUAAGCACUACCUGAUUCAAAGAACAAUUCUGAAAAUUUUGUUUCAACAGACGACCAUACCCUUGCAUACUCGAAUGCAAAUGUUCAAGUGCCGCGAAGGAGCAGAGCACUUUUGGGUAUAAGUUUCCAAAUCGCAGUAUGUGUAUUAUAUUCAUCGUCUGAGGCAAGGGCAUAGACGGACUAUGAAAGUCCAGUUUCCACCAUUGUCAUGUAACGAUCUAGACAUACAGAUUUCAAUGUGCACAUGUCGGUUAACUGCGGGAUUUGCUAAGUAUCAACUAGGCGUCAACAGAUAUUUUACAAAUCUUUUCGAUCCGGAGUAGAAUAGAUCUUAAGCAAUCCAUGCUUGCUGUAAAAGGCUGUAAGAGACGACUAACGGAAUUGGGUGGUCAGGCUUGCUGACUUGGUUGAUGCAUGUCAUCAUAUCCCAAUUGCAUGAAUCGAUGCUCAUGACACCAAUCACUGGAUUGUUUGGUCUAGACUCGAUUAAUUACAGACCACCGUCAUAUAGCUGGAAUAUUGCCAAGUGCGGCAUUAAACAACAAACACAUUUUUUCAGGUUGUUAAUCAAGUUGAUCGUUUGACACAACAGUGUUUGUAUAAUCAAUAGUAUCAUGCUUUUGUCUGUGUAUUUCUAAGGUUGUAAAUAUUGUACAGAUAUAAACAAAUUGAAAACAA